CGGCGGCGCCGGAGGAAGCGGAGGAGAUCGGGGGCUCGGGGCCCGGGCGGCGCAGCCCCGGGCUCGCCAUGCUCCUGGCCUCGGCCGUGGUGGUCUGGGAAUGGCUGAACGAGCACGGCCGCUGGCGGCCCUACAGCCCCGCCGUGAGCCACCACAUCGAGGCGGUGGUCCGCGCCGGGCCCCGCGCGGGGGGCAGCGUGGUGCUGGGCCAGGUGGACGGCCGCCUGGCGCCCUACAUCAUCGACCUGCAGUCCAUGAACCAGUUCCGGCAAGACACGGGAACCCUGCGUCCUGUCCGCCGCAACUACUAUGACCCAUCUUCGGCCCCGGGGAAGGGCGUGGUGUGGGAAUGGGAAAACGACAACGGCUCCUGGACGCCCUACGACAUGGAAGUGGGCAUCACCAUCCAGCACGCCUACGAGAGGCAGCACCCCUGGAUCGACCUCACCUCCAUCGGCUUCAGCUAUGUCAUCGACUUCAGCACCAUGGGCCAGAUCAACCGGCAGACCCAGCGCCAGCGCCGGGUGCGGCGCCGGCUCGACCUCAUCUACCCGAUGGUCACCGGGACCCUGCCCAAGGCGCAGUCCUGGCCGGCCAACCCGGCCUCGGCCGCCUCGCCCCCGGCUCCACCCUGCUCCUGUCCACAGUGUGUGCUGGUGAUGAGUGUCAAGGCGGCCGUGGUCAACGGGGGAGCCCUGCAGCCCCCCCUAAGCCGCAAGAACGGGGCUCCCUCCGCCACGGCCAAGCUGCCUCCGCCCCCCGGCCCGGGAGUCAAGCCACCGGAUGCCACGGGCACCCUUCGAGCCCCGCCCAAGGCCCCCGCGUCGCAGGCGACCCGGCGACAGGUGUCCAGCGCAGCACCAGCCGGGGCAGCCGCGGGAGCUGCGGCCGCCGCCCCUGCAGCCAGCAGCAAGACGGGACGGGUAGCCCUGGCCACCUUGAAUCGGACCAACCUUCAACGACUGGCCAUCGCGCAGUCCCGAGUGCUGAUCGCCUCCGGAGUUCCUACUGUCCCAGUAAAAAACUUAAAUGGAUCCAGUCCUGUCAACCCUGCCCUGGCAGGAAUCACUGGGAUCCUCAUGAGCGCCGCUGGAUUGCCUGUGUGUCUCACCAGACCACCGAAGCUGGUCCUCCACCCGCCCCCUGUCAGCAAGAGCGAAAUCAAAUCCAUCCCCGGAGUUUCUAACACAAGCCGCAAGACCACCAAAAAGCAAGCUAAGAAAGGUAAAACCCCAGAGGAAGUACUGAAGAAGUAUCUGCAGAAGGUCCGGCAUCCACCAGAGGAGGACUGCACCAUCUGCAUGGAGCGCCUCACAGCCCCCUCAGGUUACAAGGGCCCACAGCCAACCAUCAAGCCUGACCUGGUGGGCAAGCUGUCCCGAUGUGGACAUGUCUACCAUAUCUACUGCCUGGUGGCCAUGUACAAUAACGGGAACAAGGAUGGUAGUCUGCAGUGUCCAACCUGUAAGACCAUUUAUGGGGUGAAGACAGGCACCCAGCCUCCCGGGAAGAUGGAGUACCACCUCAUCCCGCACUCUUUGCCUGGCCACCCAGACUGCAAAACCAUCCGGAUUAUCUACAGCAUCCCCCCUGGCAUUCAGGGUCCAGAACACCCGAAUCCUGGAAAGAGUUUCAGUGCCCGUGGUUUCCCAAGACACUGCUAUCUUCCAGACAGUGAGAAAGGGAGAAAAGUUCUGAAGCUGCUGCUUGUGGCCUGGGACCGCCGCCUCAUCUUUGCUAUCGGGACCUCCAGUACCACGGGCGAGUCAGACACCGUCAUUUGGAACGAAGUGCACCACAAGACAGAGUUUGGCUCUAACCUCACUGGCCACGGCUACCCAGAUGCCAAUUACUUGGAUAACGUGCUGGCUGAAUUGGCUGCCCAGGGCAUCUCAGAGGACAGCGCUUCCCAGGACAAGGACUGAGGCUGGAAGGGUUUUGAUAACCACCAGGUCCAUGGGGGACUGCAGAACAGCAAGCAGGGAGAGUUGAGGUAGAAGUUGCUACCAUGCCUUCCUGACUCCCUCAUCUCCCCUCUUGCCCCGUCUCCAUCCUUCAUCCCCCCCCAGCCUCAGGGGGGUACACCCAGAUGGACAAAGGUGAUGUCAUUCAUAAACUUCAUCCAACAUACAGGGGACGUGGGUUGAAGAUCAUCCUUAGUCUGGUCCCGUGGAGUGUUCUGGUGCUGGGUAGGCAAGGACUCUCCCCCUCCCUCCUCCAAGUAGGGGGUCAUGGCCAGCACAUUUCAGGGUAUGGACGGUACAUGGGCUUGCCAUACCUUGACCUUGUGAGGCAGAAGUUCUUUGCCCCAGGAAGCUUCUUGCUGUUUCCGCUCUGCUUUGAAAGCGGAAUUUCCACCUCUCUCUCUUUCUUGUGAGACAGGGAGGUGCCACUGUGCCAGGCUGGAGGAAGGGCGAAGGGGAAGGCCCCGCCAAACGGCUGCCACGUCAGAAGUCAAAUGCCUUGGUGUAGAGUGGGAAAGCAUUUCCUGCUGAGUGGGUCAGAAAGACAGCCUUUCUUUCCUUGAGCUCUUCUCCUAAGUCCUCAGCUUCUCCAGGCCCUUCCGUCCUCCUCCUCCUCCUCCUCACACCCUUGACCUGGUCCAAAGAGGUGUCUGGUUCUCUUGGGUGGAUGGAAAGAUUCUGGGAUGGCAUCCCAGAAUGCUCUUUCAACCCUUCUCUGAUAGAACCAGAACCUGCUGCAGUCUGUUGAGCAUCUGCCCUGUCCAAAGGGAGAAGAGCCCAUGCCUCCUUCCCAGCUCAUCCCAGACCAGCUCAAAGAUGCCAUGAGUUUCAUGAAGUCACUGUGAGAGUAGCCCACACGAGGCUCUGUACUGUUUGUGCAUGUGCAUAUGUGCGUGCGUGCGUGUGUGCAUGUGUGUGUGUGUGUGCGUGUGUGUGUGUGCGUGUGUGUGUCACAGGGCCACGCUGUCCCUCAACUCUGUUUCACAAGAUGCCAAACCCCAGUUCCGAUGGGGAUCAAGUAGUCAGGGUCCAGUCCCGUGAUUUUUCCUUACCGUGCCUGACUAGCUCAUAAUGAACUUGCGUCUGGAUGGAGUCAGAACAGUACUUGGAGAGAUACGAUGAGGUGAGAGCUGGGUUCUCCUCCUCUGCCCUCUCCCCUGUUGCUUUUCAAGGCUGGAUCAGAGCCAGCCUGCAUCCAGUGUCUGUUUCUGUGAGGAUUUCAGUCUAUCUUCAUGCAACUGUCCUAGGUCCAGCCCAGAAAUGGUUCUAGAUUCCCCGUCCUGCCAACCCCAUCGAUUACAGAUUGACCCAGAGCAUGGCAGCAAAGCCUCUUUAGCCCAUUCCUAAGCAGGGAUGGGACCACAUAUGGUCUUAUCCAACCUGCAUCUGGGCUGUGUCCCAGAUGCUGUCCAUCUCCUCAGAACAGCCUCUUACCUUUGGCUCCCAAUAAAGAAUGGAUUGGGAGUCAAGGAGGAAAGAGGGAGAAAUGAAGAAGGGAAACCCAGUUCAGGAAAUCCAAUUUCAUCUUGAAAAGUAGGGGUUUUGUUUUGGUUUUUUUGAACUGUUUGGAGGGAAGUUCCUCUGGAUACUAAUUUGAAUUUAUAUACCUCACGUUUUGGAGGUUUGUCAUAUAAAUAUAUAUAUUCAUAUAUAUUUCAUAAGAUUUGGAAGGUUUUUAAUGCUUGGAAAAGUAGAAACAAAGGAACCUUCAACAAUGGUACUUAAGACAAAGGCUACGCUUUUGUGAGCGCCAGCUCUGUAGCUGCCUGCCAUGGGGCCAUUUUGCUAUUGGUGUGGCCAGUGGAUUCAGCUGAAUGCCAUGUAGCUCCCGGGACUUGCUGGUGCUGAAUUCUCCUUCAUGCUCUGAAUGGCUACAGGGGCGUUGAUUUGUUCCAUCAGAAGGAGUUGUGAUAGGAGGAAUGCUUCCUGUCCUCUUAGCUCCAGUCUCUCCAUUCAGUGAGAUGCUGAUUUGCCUCACCAGCAGACCAGGAGACUGGUCCUGAGUUCACUGCACCUCCAGCUACGUUCCUGCCACAGCUAGGAAGGAAGCAGCAGAACUGUCCCCUUCCAUCCCUUGGACAGCCUCACGAUAGGAUUAGCGUCAUCUCCUCCGGCAUCCACGCCAAGUACUUGCUAGGCUUAUUGGCCACUGGGAUGAAGGCCUGUGGGUAGGAACAUGCAAUGGGAAGCGGAGGGAAAAGACAUGAAGAAACUCUUUGGUAGCCGGGAAUAGACAGUAGAGAGACGCUUCAUCGGGCAGAAGGUGUUAAGUGGGAAGGAGACAGACAAGGACAGGAAGAAGGGGACCCCAGAGGGGGUCUUAAGGAGUCAAUGUGCCUGUGGCAAUACUCAGCCUUCACACCUACAAGCCUUUCCCCCCUAGGACUGUGAUAGGUCCCCGCCCUACUUCUCUUUCUGUCUGGGGAUGCUCAGGAGGAGCUACCUCACGCUCCUGCUGCUCUGCUUUGGGCUUGCUUCACAGGAAGGAUCUUGGAUCUCCUGUCUAACAACUGUGCCAGGUAUCACAAGAGGGGCAUAGCCUUCCCCUGGUACUAGCCUAGAAAAGUACAGCCUCCAUUUCGGGGAGAACCCUGCCCGUAGAACCCCGGGGCACCCACUACGUGGAUACAAGGCAUUUCCCACUAGAGGCCCUGCUGUGCUCUCCUGGCCUAAGCAGGGGACUCCCGUGCUUUUCCUUUCGUGGUCUUGGCACCAGCAGCCUAGUUCUCCCUUCCUGAGUCUCUAGGGUCAACACCUGGGAUUGCAGAGACACACUCGGUCAGACACGCAUCCCUUAAAAGGUUAUAGGAUAUAUACAUGUUUGCCUGUGCCUUUGUGUUUUCAUUCCCCUCCCCUUUUUUUUUGUAAAACUUUGGACUUCUCUGUGCUUUCAUACUUGGUCAAAAGUACUUGUCCUGGUUACUGCACUGUUUGGUGCAUGGGAGAAGACCCAUGGGGCGAAAGUGAGGACCCCUACCCCUUUUCCUGGUCUGUGGUCUCUGGCGCCUGAGUGGGGGCUUCUGGGAGAGGGCAGUUACAUGUCCACCUGUAUGUAGUGUGUUCUGUUUGUAAACUGCUGUGUUUUGAAGUUGUUUUGGGGUUGUUUUCUUUUUUUUGGUGUUGCUCUGUGAGAGGACAUCGCCACCUGGUGCUCAUGAGGUGUAUGUGCAGAACAAUAAAUGGCAAAUGAACAACCGCAAACUGCUUUUG